AUGACCGUCCCAAGCCUCCACGUCAACGACCAAAGCCCCAUCGAGGAGCAUCCGCGCGACAGAGACGUCACUCGCAAAUCCCUCCACCAGAACAUCUUCGGCAAGCUACGACCACUCCCCUUCCAGUACCACUGGACCGUCUGGUAUGACCGACACACCGACACCCCAAACACAGACUACGACUCCCGGCUCUACGUCCUGCACGAGGAUGUCGCCGACAUCGCCACCUUCUACCGCGUUUACAACAACUACCCCUGGGACAAGAUCCGGCUGCGCGACACAGUGCACAUCUUCCGCAAGGGCGUGAAGCCCGCCUGGGAGGAUCCCGAGAAUCGGAACGGGGGGUGCUGGCGCUUCCGGGUCCCAAAGAGUAAAGCGCAGGCGUUUUUCCAUGAGAUUACCAUUCUGUGCAUGGCCAAUGAGUUUCAGGCUGUUUUGGAGAAGGAACACGACCACGUCCUCGGCGUCUCAACCUCCAUCCGCUUCAACACGCAUCUCAUCUCCGUCUGGAACAAACUCGGCUCUAACGAACGCUCCAUCAAGGCCCUCGAACAAACCAUCCUUGAUCGUCUAUCCCCAGAACUAAGACCCACCGGCACCGGUUCCAACGCCUACUUCUAUAAACGACACGACGAGAACGAUGGGUUCCAAGAGGCAGUCGAGAAGAGUAAGACGUAG